AUGGCGGACACUAAGCAGGCACCCGCUGCCGCGGCCGAGAAGGCCGAGCAGAAGACCAGACCGGCCAUGCCUGAUGAGGCCGAGUUCAAGAAGAAGCUGAACGUUGCUGAGAAGGAGCUCAAGGAGGCUGAGGACAAGCUGAAAGCCAUCAAGGCCAAGAUCGACCUCGCUACCCCGAACAAGAACAAGGACCAGCCCUCUCCUACCCAGAAGCGUCGCCAGGAGCUCAUCUCCCAGCUCAACGAGAUCCGCCAGAAGCAGGGCGCCGGCAAGAAUGCCCGCACCGGCAAGCUUGACCAGAUCAAGCGCCUCGAUGAGCAGAUGCGCUCUCGCAUUAACGAGCAGAAGAACGCCAAGUCCAAGGUCAAUUUUAAGAGCGUUGAGGAGGUCGACCGCCAGAUCGAGAAGCUCGAGUCGCAGGUCAACUCUGGUUCCAUGAAGAUCGUCGACGAGAAGAAGGCUCUUGCCGAGAUCUCUUCCCUGCGCAAGCUCAGGAAGAACUUCUCCCAGUUUGACGACUCCCAGAAGCAGAUUGACGACCUCAAGGCCAAGAUCAAGGAGAUCAAGGACUCCAUGGACGACCCGGAGGCCAAGGCCAUGAGCGAGCAGUACAACAAGAUCCAGGCCGAGCUCGAUGCCAUCAAGGCCGAGGGCGACGAGGCCUACAAGAACCUCUCUUCUCUCCGCGACGAGCGUACCAAGCUCCACGCCGUCCAGAACGAGAAGUACCAGGUCGUCAAGACCCUCAAGGACGAGUUCUACCAGGGUCGUAAGGCUGCCCAGGCCUACGAGCGCGAGGCUCGUGAGAAGGCUCGCGAGAGGAGAAAGGCCGAGCACGACAAGUACAUCAAGGACCGCAAGAAGGCCGACGCCGAGAAGUUCCUUGCCGAGGCCAGCGACCCCGCAUACCUCGAGGAGAUCCGCCGCGCCAACAGCCUGCUCCAGUUCCUCGAUCCCUCCCACAAGACCGAGAAGGCUCCUCUGCUGGCCGACAGCGGCCUCAGCGCUCAGGCUAGCCGUACCGUCGACGACUCUGGUAUCAAGGGCAUGAAGGUCGUCUCUAAGAAGGACCGUGACGAGGACUACCUCCCCGCCGCGAAGAAGGGUAAGAAGGGCAAGAAGGGUGGUGCCGCCGCCUCCGAUGCCGGCAAGUUCAACUGCCCGCCCUCCGUCGUUGAGGACUGCGCUUUCCUCAACAUCGACCCUCCCAUGAGCCAGUCCGAUGUCCCUGCUGUUGUCGAAAAGGUCAAGGCCAAGCUGGACAACUGGAAGUCUGACCAGGAGGCCCAGACUCAAAGAAACAUUGAGAAGGCCAAGAAGCAGCUUGAGAAGCUCGAGGCCGAUGAGGCCAACGGCAUCAGCAACGGCGACGGCGUCGAGGAGGUUACCAAGGACCUCAAGGAGACCUCCGUCGAGGAGAAGGCAUGA